CAGAGCGCACGUGUUGGACGAUAUAUAAAUAACGCGGAAUAAAUAUAGCUUACGGAAUCAGUUUAACGGAUGUGUAUUAUAAUUUAGAUAAAAACAACAAUGUAAAUGCAACUUACUAUUUUGAAAUAUAACGACAUUGAUUCAAUUAUAUAAAUAAAAAGUUUUAUAAAAAGAACAAAAUUCGAUAAACUGUAUUUGUUAUAAAAAUAUAUAUAACAAUGUAAAGUGACUAAGUCAUUGAUGAUCAAAUGAUAAAAAAAUGUGCAGAAAUAAUUUAGAAAUUCUUUCAACAAAAUCACCGUCAAAAUGACGUGGACGGAAGAAUUGGAUGAGGCGGCUGAACUCGCCACGAGAAAGGGUUACUGGCACGUUCUGCUGUUCUACCUAUUGUGUGGACUUGCUUCCAUUCCGACCUCCUUUUUAGUUUUCUCCCAGGUCUUCAUCAACGCUACACCCGAACAUUGGUGCGCUCCACCUCCAGAACUCAAAGGACUGGACCUUUCAGAUGAUCUACUCCGUAAUUUGACGAUACCAGGAGAACAUAAAUAUUACGAAGCUUGUAAGAGCUAUUCGCUCGAUAUACAGGCUUUGUAUACUGUUCUCAAUAAAUAUGUGGAUGAAAGAUCUGAACUUGUUCAGGUAGGAGACACAGUUACGACGAUAAGGAUCAAGGAGCUUAUUCCUGCGAUUGGACUGGAAGAGAGAAAAGAGCAGCUAAAUCAAGUCGAAGACGCGAUUUUAAAUAAUCGAAAAGAACCCACGAAAUGUCCUCAUGGCUGGAAGUUUAGCACUGAACAUUAUAAAAGCACAUUAGUGACUGAGUUUUCACUAGUCUGCGGUAAAGAUUGGUUACCAAGAACGAGUAAUACACUUUUUUGGGUUGGAUCUAUAUUUGGAAAUUUAUUUUUUGGAUGGUUUUCAGACAGAUACGGACGUCGCCCAACGAUACUCCUUAUGAUAGUACUUGAAGUGCCGCUGGCGAUCGCUGCUUCGUUCCCAGGAAAUUACUGGACCUACAUUGCAUUAAGAGUAGCUGGUGGACUAUUUUUCCCAGCACUUUACCAGCUACCAUUUAUCCUAGCCUUAGAGCUGAUGCCACCAGCUAGAAGAACAUAUACCGGUAUUGUGGUUGGUAUGUUAUUCGCUAGCGGUAUGUGCUUGCUGGCGCUUCUGGCGUAUUUACUACGGGACUGGUUCUACCUCUCAUUAGCAACUAGCAUUCCCUUCGUAUUAUUAUUUGGAUAUUACUGGCUGAUUCCAGAAUCACCUCGAUGGUUAGUCGGUAGAGGAAGAAUAGCUGACGCUGAAAAAGUUCUUAGAAACCUGGCAAAGAGAAAUGGUAUUAUUUUAGAACACGGCUUCCUCUUAGAGUUACACAAAAAAAUCAGAGAUGACGAAAUAGAGGCUCAAGUAUCAAUUAUACCAAACAUCAAUGGUUAUGUACCAGGUAAAGAAAGAGAAGGGUAUAUGAAUAGAAGAAUAAGCAAGAUGCUUCCAUGCAAACCUGAUUUUACAAGUAUUGGCGAGUCUGAUGAAGAGAUUAGAGAUAGUAUAAACAAUCUAACAAUAAAUACAACUCUCGCGUCUAAAAGAGACUCGGAAAGCCAUAAAGAUGAAACAGUGAUGCUGAGUCCUGAAGAACACCUAACACCUACCUUAGAUCCACUACAUAAAUCAUUACAAAUAGAUUGUCCGUCAUCAAUUAAUACAUUUAGAAGGAAAUCAAUCCAAAUAGUACAUAGAAUACUUCUUAAAGAAGAAGAAGAUAUUGUAGAGAAGAAGAGAAUGGAUGAUCAGAAUUCAGAAGGAGAUUGCAAAGCGUCUCCAUUAGACGUAUUUAGAUACCCUAAUAUUAGAAAGAAGUUUAUUUUAAUUACAUUUAAUUGGGUAGCGUUAGGCAUAGUUUACAAUAGCUUAAGUUACAAUACACCCAAUUUAGGAGUUGAUGAUUAUUUAGCAUUUUUUAUUGGAGGGGCAGUAGAAAUACCAUCUUAUUUUAUUGCCUGGCAAUGUAUGGAAAGGUACGGACGGCGCUGGGUAUUGUGUGUUUUCAUGAAUAUUGGCGGCCUUGCUUGUCUAAGCUGCGCUCUAGUUCCUGAAGCUUGGCCCUGGAUAACAUUGUCACUAGCGAUGUUGGGCAGGCUUUGCGCUGCGGCAUCGUUUGCUGUGUUCUACGUACAAAUUGGGGAAUUGCUGCCAACGGUGAUGCGGGCUCAGGCUAUGGGUGCGUCCUCUGUUAUCGCUGGUGUGGGCCUACUGUCGUGUCCAUAUAUCGUAUCUUUGGCGGUCUAUUCAAGAUCUCUUCCUCUAAUUAUCAUGGGUGUACUUAGCGUCGUUGCGGGUGUGACUUCAUUGUUUUUGCCGGAAACAUUGAACCAACCUUUGCCGCAAACCUUGGAAGACGGCGAAUCUUUUGGAAGAGACUUCAAGCUAUUAAGUUGUGUUGAAAUCAGAUGAAAUUAUUCUCAGUUUUAAUGAGUUUUGCGUAUGUUGGUGAUGUAUGUGACUUUAAAGAACAAAAUCGAUAUAUGUGUUAAGUGCUUAAGUUCGUUGCAACACAGGCCAAAGCCAUUGCGUGUCUUAUGUUUACUAAAUAUUAUAAUAACUUCGUGUUGCUAAACAGCGGGUAUCUUCUUUCCAAACAGUGUAACUAGCGCCUUUUGUACCUGUAUCUAGCUUAUUCAUCAGCUAUGAAUGAGUACCGUUAGCAGCACAGAUUCUUACUUUAAUUAAUUUUGAAUCGUUAUUUUAAAAGAUUUAAAAUAAAACAAACACUAGAACGGUACGUAGAUUAUAACGAAAGAGAUCGGCAAGUUGCAAUAUCGCUUAUAAACAUUUAAUCUGUAAGCACCAUAAAUAUUAUACAGGUAAAAAAAUAAUUUUAAAUUGCAUUUAUGUAAAAAUGGCAGAAUAUUAUCAACGAUUACAUUUAAAGUUUAAUCUCAGAAGUACUCAAUUCUGAAUAAUAAAUUGAUAACGGCAAUGAUGUAAGAACUCACUUUAUAGCUCACUCGUGAAAUGUAAAAACGGACUACGCUAUUUUGACGCGUGUAUCGUUUGAAUAGUAUAAAUAUUAUAGCGAAUGUCGCAUAUUACUUUCUACAAUUAAUGACCGUGUUCUAGGGCGAGUUUUGAAUGACUAUGUUCUUAUUAAAUUCAAUGAUUACAAUUUGUAUUCAAUUGUCUUUUUGUAUGCAGACGUUUCUUUGUAUUAGUGUAUGUAAGUGUGUAGUGGUGUGCGUAAUAUGCGGAUCUUAGUUAUAAUGACUUGUGUCUUUCUGUUUUUAUUUCAAAAAAAUGAGUUAAGUAACUCAAUUUAAAAAAAAAUAUGAUAUACAAUUAAUGUCCAUGUUUUUUCCGGCUUCAUUUGAUCAUGAAUAUUAAUGUGAAAUGUAUUUAAUAAAUAAAUAAAAAGUCAAAUAUUAAUAGAUAUGCAAUGGAAGCAGUAUUAUUUAUUAUACAAUAUAUAUAAAUGGAAUAAUAUAAUUUUUUAUUUCUUUUUAUAUAAACAUAAGUUGAUGGUCAGAAGUCUUAAGUGGGAAUGGAAAAAUUGUAUUUUAUAUGUUUAUAUAAUUUUUUUUUUAUGUACAGUUAUUUCCAUAAGCAUAUAUUUUAUGAUCAUAUAUAAUAUAAUGGUUAUACGUGAGCGUGAUUUUGGGAAAAAUUAAACUCAUUUGGCAUUGUUAUGCCAAUUACGAUUAUAUCAUUUUAAUAAUUAAACUUUUAACACUCCCGAGGUUUAUAUUUUAGAUUAUUAAAUGUAAAAAUAAUCGCUAAAAGCCGUUAACAAUCUUCAGAGAAAUCAAUUAACAAAUACAAAAAAAUCCACGUAGAUUUGUUUAAUUUUGUCGCUAUAAAACAUUAUAUUAAUUAAUUACAAAGUUGACAUAUAUAUAUAUAUCAUUUUAAACAUUUCAGUCAUCGGUUUCCGUGGUGUAGCGGUUAUCACAUCUGCCUAACACGCAGAAGGCCCCCGGUUCGAUCCCGGGCGGAAACAUAGUUUUUUUUGGUUUGUUUUGCUUUCAGUUCAUAAAUAAUAUUAUAUUUUAUCGUCACUUUUUCAUUUCAAUAAUAUAAUAAAUAAUCCUAACUAAUAUUUAAAUAUUUUUAUUUGAUUUUAUUUGCUUG